CCCUCUUAGUCUUAGUGAGCCGCUCUCUGUCUGAUUUGCUUUCCCACAUACACCUCAGUCUAUUUGUUCCUGAUGUAGUCUAUCAUGAGAGGAAGACUUCAUGGCUGACUUCACUUUUCUGUUGCUUUCUUUUCUUUAAAAAUAAACCAAAACAACAACAACAAUAGUUUUUUUUUAGUGUCGCUCCAUAACGAGCAUGGAUCCAUAACGCGCUUCGCUUGCAGGAGCAGCAGGACGUCCUGAACUAGGGUUGUAUUCUGAAGGACACCCAGCUGUGCUUAUUGUGGGGAAUUCGGAUUAGUUGCUCCCACAUCGUCGGGGAUUCGGGGAUUUACUGAGCGAGCAGAGCGAUGGGAGAGAGGUGCUCACACCGCCGACUCUGACAGGACACCAUGGCCACUCUCUCGCCUCUUAUACUCGGACGUUUUUUGCUUUUUGCUUUGGGACAAGUUGCACAGAAUGAUGGCCACUUGGAUACUGUGCAGAGUUCAGGCCCUCUGUCCUGCUUUGAGGGUUUCACACUACUGGGUUAUUACAACGGUUCCAUGUCGCAGACAGACUCAGGUUUUCCCUGUCUGAAAUGGACUGAGUUCCCUGACUACAUGCUGCAGUACCCAGGCAGAGGGCUGGGAGAUCACAGUUACUGCAGGAACCCUGACCGUGAGUCCCAGCCCUGGUGCUUCUUCAGACAGCAAUCUGGAGCCAUCGGCUGGGCUUACUGCAACUGCCACCAGGGUGCAGCCAGGCUGAUGGGAGGAAGGUCUAACAAGAGCGGCCGUCUGGAAGUUUACCUGAAUGGCCAGUGGGGGACCGUGUGUGACACACACUUGACUGACCGAGAUGCAAGCGUCAUCUGUCGACAGCUUGGCCUCGGUGAAAUCGGUACUGCACUCCAGCACUCCUACUUUGGUCCUGGCUCUGGACUUUUCCACUACGAACGACUUGGCUGCCGUGGUAACGAGAACUCUCUUUUAGAGUGCCGGGGCCGGAAGUUUGUCUCUGGUGACUGUAAUCAUGGAAAUGAAGCUGGAGUGGUGUGUGCUGCACCUGCAGGAAAUGGCAUUCCCUUGAGGCUGGUGGGAGGCCAGGAAGACUUUGAGGGACGAGUGGAAGUGUAUCAUAACAACCAAUGGGGCACAAUUUGUGAUGACCAGUGGGACGACAUUGAUGCCGAGGUGGUCUGUCGACAGCUUGGACUAGGUGGUGUGCCAAAGGCAUGGUCGUGGUCUCAUUUUGGCCCCGGUGCUGGGCCCAUCCUGCUAGACGGGGUACAGUGCACAGGAAAUGAGCUCUCUCUGGAGGAGUGUCCUCACACACCCUGGGGCCAGCACAACUGUGACCACAUGGAGGACGCUGGAGUGUCCUGUAACCCAUAUACAGACGGUGCAGUGCGUCUGGUGGGAGCAGAUAUUCCAUGGGAAGGACGCUUGGAGGUGUACCACGCUGGAGAAUGGGGCACAGUGUGUGAUGACAGCUGGACUGAGCAACAUGCCCAGGUGGUUUGUCGGCAGCUUGGUUUCAGAGGGCAUGCAGAAAUAGCUCCAGAUGGUGCAUAUGGGGACAGCACAGGACUUAUUCUAUUGGAUGAGGUGAGGUGUGAGGGGGGAGAGAACUCCCUGCUGGAGUGCAGGCAUGCAGAGUGGGGACGCCACGACUGCUCCCACAGUGAAGAUGUGGCCAUACGCUGUGAGAGAGAAGGAAAUACCGAUGACAUUACUGCAGUUCUUCCAGUCUCAGGUCCCCUGGUAAGGCUGGUGGAUGGAGAGAGCCGUAAAGAGGGUCGUGUGGAAGUCUUCAUUAACGGCGAGUGGGGCAGUGUGUGUGAUGAUGGCUGGAAUGACAUCAGUGCUGCAGUAGUGUGUAGGCAGCUGGGCUUUGUUGGGGUAUCUAAAGCCCGCUCUAUGGCCUAUUUUGGCGAGGGCCAGGGUCCAAUCCACCUGGACAAUGUGAGGUGUGUGGGUACAGAGUCGUCUCUGGGAGAGUGUUUAGCUGACGGGUUAGACAAACAUAACUGCAGGCACAGUGAGGAUGCAGGGGUCAUCUGCGAUUACGUGUCCCAGCCAGUAGCCGACAGCUCGACAGCAACCCAGUCAUGCGGCCUGAGGCCCAACACACAGCGCCGUAGGAGGAGGAUCGUUGGAGGAGACAAGUCACUUAGAGGAGACUGGCCAUGGCAGGUGUCUCUGUGGCUAAAGUCUCAGUCCAAAAGGAACCAUCCGCUGUGUGGAGCCACUCUCAUCAAUUCCUGCUGGAUUGUCACUGCGGCUCAUUGCUUUAAGAGGUUUGGCUCAGAUCCCUCACGAUAUGUUUUGAGGUUGGGAGAUUAUCACACUGAGGAAAGGGAUGACUUUGAGCGCACUCUCUCUCCUGAGCGCAUCGUUAUGCACAAGAAGUACCUCAGCCAGGGCUGGGAGUACGACAUUGCCUUGGUGAGGCUGAAGGGCACAGAUGGGAACUGUGUAUCUUUCAACCCACACACUAACGCUGCUUGCCUUCCUACUUAUGGUGACAGGAAGACGAAGAGACCUGCUGCGUGUGUCAUCACUGGCUGGGGAGUUACAGACUCUGAGUACUCACGUACUUUGCUGCAGGCCUGGCUUCCCUUGCUGCCAUCCUGGAAAUGCAAAAAACGUUACGGCAGCCGCUUCACUGGCCGCAUGCUGUGUGCUGGCAGCCUGUCAAAUCAUCGUCGUGUGGACAGUUGCCAGGGAGACAGUGGUGGCCCGCUGGUGUGCCAGGGUGAAGGCGGGCGCUGGACUCUAACUGGGGUCAUUUCCUGGGGUCAUGGCUGUGGGAACCCUAGCUAUCCUGGGGUAUACACUCGAGUGAGCAGGUUCCUAAAGUGGAUUGAUAAGGUCACCCUGGGUACUGACUAACUCUGUGGAUAGAAUAUUACUAUGACUCGUGUGUUUUAAUAUAGCGUGCUUAAAAUAUGAGUUGCCUCAAAGGACUAAGACCAUGGUUCCUUGUCAGGACAGCAAGCCUGUCCUCCUCAUUCAGUAGCUCACCUCAUGCCAUGUUUUUCCUACUUAUUUUGACUUGUGGAAGAGCCAUGUGGAAAGUCUGAUUGACAUUCUUGAUUGAGGUACAUGUAUAUUGAAUGUGCUGAAUCCUCAUAUUUGAAUUACAUUAUAUGGCCAAAGGUAUGUGGAAAGUACGCAUCAUGUGAGUCUUCAACAAACUGUUUUCACAAAGUUAGAAAUACAUAAUGAUCUAGAAUGCCUUUGUAUACUGUAGAAUUAGGAUUUCCCUUUCCUGGAACAAAGGGGCAUGACCUACAUUUGUUCCAGCAUGUUAAACCAAUGCCCCUGUGCACAAAGCAAGCUCCAUAAAGACAUGGAUUGCCAAGGUUGGUGUCAACCGAGUGGCCUGCACAGACCCUACUGACCUCAUCCCCACUGAACACCUUUAUGAUGAACUGGAACUUUGACAGCACACCAGGCCUCCUCAACUGACAUGGGCACAAAUCUCCACAGUCAUGUUCUAAAAUCUAGUGGAAAAGAGAAGAGUCCAGAAGAGUUGAGGCUGUUAUAGCAGCAAAGCAGGGACCAUUGGAAUGGAACGUUCAAGAACAGAUUAGGGUGUGAUGGUCAGGUGUCCACAAACCUUUGGCCAUAUAGUGUAGCAUUGUUGGACAAGAUGUAGUAUGAGUUUAGAACCAUAUUGCACUAAACUGCAUGGCAUUAUUGCAGGUAAUUUUUUCUAAAUAUUUAAAUUAUUUAGUAUUGUGGGUCAAACAGCUCAAAGGAGUAUGGGGUUGUUGUUGUCUCUAUCCACCACAUCUUCAGCAUAUGAUUAAUACUAUAGACAAGCGUUUCCACCCAUUUCCCUAUACUGUGAGAAGUGUUGUCAUACUUGUCUGUGGUAAUUACUCAUAUGCUAUAGAUGUAGUCGGAAAUGCCGGAAUAUUGUAGAAUAUGCUGGUGAUAUUUACAUUAAUUGCUUCAAUGCAUUGACAUUCCAGGGGAGCUUACCCUGUGAGAGCUUGAUAUCAUUUUUGUACAUGUUGAAGCUUUCUUUUAUCGAUGCCACCGAGAUGUGGCAAGAUGACAAAUAAGUCUCUGAAUCUCUGAAUGAAGUCUAUGAACAAAAAAAUCUAAGUGCAAUUUUAAAAAGUGCAUACGAUGUUGCUUAAUGGUGCAGAAGCAACAUCAUAUCAAAUCAACUAGUGAAUGUUUACGUGGUAUGUUAAAUGUAUAAUGUUUAUAAAACCAUGAGUAGCCAUGAGAGUCUUCCGUCCUAAGAAAAGCCUCUAGAAAACCGUACGCUUAAGACUGUAGCAUUCUGGCUCAGAACCAGUUCAAGUAAUGAACAAGAACGGAAAAGUCCAACAUUUUGCUAGGAAGAGAAACACAACCGGAACAUAAUCUUCAUUACAUGUUCUGGAGUAGAAACAUUAAUUAGAAUUCCCUGCUAUGGUUAAUAACAUUAUUUCUUUGCAGUUGAAAACUAUCGACUCAUUAUUUAUGACUUGUGUCUAAACGCUCAAUGUUUCAUGUGAUUUAAUUGUAUGGAUUUACAUGUGCUGUACAGAGAAACAAGAUAAUACUUAACUCACUAUAAACAUUUCUCACAUCAAACGUUUAUGUUACAGUAUGAAUUAUAUAGAUAACAAAGUCUGUUUGUUGUUGCCUUGACUGAAUUAGCAUGUCUAUGCAUUUUUAAUAGGAGAAUUUAGGCUACUAACUCAACAUCCAAUGUGUGACACUGCAUUUGGACUUGUUUUGAUAAAAAUAACAUCUGAUAAAUUAUUUUUAAAUAUUGCAUAGCUAGAUGGAGCACAGUAAACAGUACAAUUCCAUGUGUGUGUGUGUGUGUGUGUGUGUGUGUGUGUGUGUGUGUGUGUGUGUGUGUCUGUGUGGACAUGUCCUUAAUACAAACACAGCUGCUGGUUAUUUGAUUUCUUCUAACCGGUUUAGGAACAUUAUGUUGGAGUUGGAACACAUGAAUGGAAAUGUUGAGAUAUUGAUUCUGCUCAGAGAAAACUGAUUUAUUUCAUUUCCGAGCCAUACAUAAUAUUGCACCAUCAUUGUGCUACAAUUUGUACAGUAUUAUCAGUCUUUAUUGCAAUGCAAAACUGUUUCUGCUGCCAAUUGAUGAUUUUGAAUUAUGUUAUUUAUUAUAUAACCCAUUGUAAUGCACCAUAAUGUUACAUAAACAUCAGACAUAUAAACCAUAUUAUCUGUGGAACUGCUACUUGGUCAGUGUAUUAUGUUGGACACUGUAGUGUGAUUAUUAUUGUAUGCUAAUCAAUAGUGAUAGAGCAAGUAACAUUUUGGUAAAGUUGAGCAAAUAAAAAUGAAGUGUUUGUGGGCAACCUGUACCAUUUUCUAUCAUUGUACAGAGAGAACUUGGACAUGUUCUAGGGAAUUGUUUUAUGUGAAAUUAAACGUGGGUAUGGGUUUGGUUUAGGUACUUUGAUUGUUGAUAAUAUUGAGUAUGCAUUGUGCUCUGUGAUAGUACAUUUGGUGUAGGUUUGGCAUAUUAAACAAAUUAGCUCAAAAGGGUAUUGAGUUUAAUGAUACAAAUGGCUACUUGUGUGUGUUUAGGCAAGAAAUAUUCCUGGGUUAAAAAGAUUGACGGUCGGUCUUGUGGCUCAUGAGAUAUAGGUUAAGUGCUGCACUACUGCAUCACCAUCAGGCUGAUGCAGGAUCCUCAUAUGCUGACUGGUGGUUGUCAAACUACACCUUCCUGCCCAAUAUGGGCUUUCUACAUUAUAUUCUCUGCAUAUUUAUGUUGGAUUUCCACACUUUACAAAAACAUGUGUGUGUGUGUGUGUGUGUGUGUGUGUGUGUGUGUGUGUGUGUGUGUGUGUGUGUGUGUGUGUGUGUGUGAUUCCCUGAAGAGUAAAAAAUAAUGCAUGGUAACCUGCCAUGGAUUGGAGUUUCCUCCGGGGUGUAUAAUUGCUUCAUGUGCAGUGUUCUCUAGACAGGCUCCCUAUCCACCACAAUUUUAACUAGGAUACGUGUGAGUGAGAGAAGGUGGAUAAUUUUGGAUAUUUGUGGAACCAAGCGCAACAAUGAUAGAUUGUAAGAAAAAUAGACUGAAUAAUAUGUAGAAGCAAGGUUGGGGCUAAAUUCAUUCUAGCCCAGACUAUAGAUUUAUGCAUGCUGCACUAUAUGGACAAAUGUUUGUGGACACCAGACUAUAACACUCCUACAUCCUUUUUAAACAUCCAUCAUUUGCUGUUAUAAUAACCAUCACUCUUUUAUGAAGGCUUUCCACUGUUUUGGAGUGUGGUUGUGGGGAUUUGUGCACAUUCAGCCACAAGCACAUUAGUGAGGUCAGGCACUGAUGUCCAGAGAGGAGGCCUGGUGCACAGUCUGAGUCUUAGUUCAUCCAAAAGGCGUUCAGGGGAUGACUCAAGGUCAGGGCUCUGUGCAGGUCACUUGAGUUCUUCCACUACAACAUUCUUCAUCUUUAUGGAUCUCAGAUUUUUGCACAGAGGCAUUGUCAUGCUGGAACAGGUUUGGGUCUCUAAGUUCCAGUGAAGGGAAAUUGUAAUGCUACAUGCUACAGCAUACAAAAACAUCCUAUAACAGGGGUGUCCAAGCUUAUCCGCAAAGGACCAGUGAGAAUGCAUGUUUUCAUUCUAAUCUAGCAGAAACCACAUCUGUUUUAUGUUUAAUCAGUUAAUCUUGGCUUUCAGCAGACUCGGGUGCGGAUGCUGCAUGGUCGGAAUAAACACCUGUACCCACACUGGCCCUUUCCAGAUAAGAUUGGACACCCCUGCUCUAUAAGAUUGUGCGCUUCCAAUUUUGAGGCAACAGUUUGGGAUGAACCACAUCUGGGUGGGACGAACAAAUUUACACAAACUUUUGGCCAUAUAGUGUAUCGGUGACAUUACACACAGUGAAACACCUCCAAAUUGGAUCUUUAUUUAGGUUUUGCAGCCUGCUUCACCUGACACAUAUCUGUAACACAAAAUCAUCAGCCAAAUACAGUGGCUGGUGUAAUGAACACAAACCAGGUGGAUUAUUUA